GCUGCAGCUCUGUGCGGACGGCUGCGGUCAAGUUCGGUAAUGGUGCUUAGGCUCGUGCUCGCGCUGCUUCUGUCGCCUAAGCUUUCUGAUCGACUUUUCACGAGUGACACACAUUCCACCGCGGUCGUGAAACGUCCGUAGUUUAGUGCAGAGAAGAGAACUAAAAUUCAUCGGUGUUGUAUAUAAGAACCGCACUAGCGAUCGCCGAGUUACACAAUGGCCAGCUCAAGGUGCAGCUGGGCCAUGGGGCCGAGCGUGCGCGCCACUCUGGUUGUGGUGUUGCUGGGUGCCCUCACCGUCCUCUACCACAUCGCCUCUGUGGGACAGACGGGGCCGCCAGACUUCUUCCAGGUGCGCAAAAUAUCCGGUGGCGAGUACCUGGUGUCGAGCCCCAGCUGCCGCAUCCCGGACAUGCCGGCGCGCCACCCGUCCAUUAAGGGGCUGCUCAAGUCGGUGGGGCCCAUCGUGUGCUCGCGCCGGCCGCCGCCCAGCUACGUGGAGCGGCUGUCCACGGGAGCGCACGUGCUGCGGCUCGAGGACAAAGCGGCGCACUGCUGCUACCACAACAUCACCAGGCCCGCCGACCUCGACAUCAAGAUACCCGAUGAACUCUACAACCUCUCGGAGUGCAAGCCCAUCGAGAAUGGGGAGGCACGGUUGCUGCCUGAGGAGGAGUUCCUGCUGGUGAAGUGCGGCAAGGUGAUGGUGAACGCGCACGUCGUCGUCGCCGAGACGGAAGCUGUGCGCAGGCGCGUGGACGCGCAGCAGGAGCAGGCUGCCCCGGGCCUCAGCGUGCUGCUGCUCGGCAUAGACUCCAUGUCGCGGCUCAGCCUCUUCCGCACCAUGCCGCACACGGUCGAGCUGCUGCAGCGCCGUGGCUGGGUCGAGUACAAAGGCUACAACAAGGUGGGAGACAACACAUUUCCAAAUCUGAUAGCUCUUCUGACUGGGCUGAGCUAUGAAAAGGUCAAGAAAGUCUGUUGCAAGACAAAGGAAACACCAAUGGAUGACAUCCCUCUUAUCUGGAAGGAUUUUCAUCAACAAGGAUACAUAACUGCGUACGCUGAAGAUGAAGUAUUUAUUAGCACAUUCAACUACCAUAAAGGUGGCUUCAAGCAUCAACCUACAGACUACUAUCUUCGACCCUUUUUCCUGGCCACAAACAGGAAACUGAAAUCUAAAUCUACUGAUCAGUCAGCUACAUGUGCCGGGUCUCUUUCUGUUUCAGAACACAUUCUUAGGUAUGCAGUAGAUUUUGCAACCGUUUUUCAGAAUGCCUCGUAUUUUGCACUCUUUUGGGUGAACAAUUUUAGCCACGAUAACCUCAACACCCCUAGUGCUAUGGACAUUAAAAUCAUGUACCUCCUUCAAGAGCUGACAGACAGUGGUGUUCUGAACAAUACACUUGUACUUUUUUUCAGUGAUCACGGAAUGCGCUUUGGGAAGAUACGAGAAACAGUUGUUGGUUGGUUUGAGGAUAGACUUCCCUUCCUGUAUUUCUGGAUACCUCCUUGGUUUAGGAGUAAUUACCCUGAUGCCUAUAAGAAUAUUGUCACAAAUAGCAACAGACUAACAUCACCUUUUGAUGUUCAUGCGACUCUGAGAGACGUACUUGAAAGGGCAGGAAGAACAGACAGUGAAAUGAGUGUCAAAAAUGCAAGUCUCGAAUGCCCAACGUGUAACAGUCUCUUCAGGGAAAUUCCCUAUGAUAGGAAAUGUAAGGAUGCAGGUAUUCAGCCUCACUGGUGUGCAUGCACGGAGUACAGGACGGUGUCUACCAAAGAUACUACCAUGCAGGCUUGUGCAAAAUAUGCACUUUCUGAGCUGCAGUCUAUGUUAGAUGCUGCAAACAAGGAGAGAAAAGUGAAACUUUGUGCUGAUUUGAAGUUGAAACGAAUAGUUGAAGGAAAAAGCAAUGAUCUAGAUAUUAAAGCAGAAACGGAUCAUGUGGACUACGUAGUUGUGUUUCAGACUACACCUGGUGAUGGACUGUUUGAAGCAACUGUCAGACACUUCCACAAAGAUCCAGCAUCUUUCAGUCUCACAGGACAAAUUAGCAGGCUAAAUAUUUAUGCCAAUCAAAGUAGGUGCAUUUCAGAUGCUCAUCUGAAGCUUUACUGUUACUGUCUAGAUAAAAAAGUGUGAUUCACAAAAUUUCCAAGAAAUGUCUAUUGCUUGUGCGUCAAUGAGAGUUACCAGGUAGCUCAAAUGUGGUUCCAUUCUGUAGCAUCUAUAUGUUCCUGAAACAAUGAAAUGUCAUGUUGUAAUGACAGUAAGAUAGAUUAUUUUGCAGACAAGAAUUUUUAUGAUUUUUUUUUCUUUUACCAUGGCUGUGAAGCUAAAUUUUAUAUAAAAACUGUUCAGUGGCUGCUUUUUAAGAUUGUGACUGAAGUAGUUGCAAUGAAAGCAGUUAUCUAGUUGGUAUUAUUUUUUUAUGUUGUGUUUAAAAGUACUUCUCAUACUUUAAAGGACUAUGUAUUACAUCCUGUUAAUAUGAAUUUACCUUUUCUUUAUGGCUAAUUAUUUUUUCUGGUGACUGAAGUGAUGUCUAUGAUUGUUCAUAGAGUUCAGGAAAUCAUAGUUCCUGCAAGUGCAUGAGGACAGUACAAAUGUGUUAAAUGUGUUCAAAGGCCAAAUAGAUGGUGGUCAUUGUACUGGCUGCAGACUGCCUAAUGAGAAAUGUUACUGUUGUGUUUCCCUUUUCUUUCAGCAUGCAGCUGGUAUGGAGUGCUGAAUUUUCAGAACAGGAAAUUUCUUGAGCACUGAAUAUUUUGUAUUUUUCUUCAUUAUAAAACUUCAUUCACUUGUUACUUUGCAAUGUAUGAUUAUCACACAUGUACAGGUCUUAGACGGAGUACACCACAGUUCUAAAAAUGUACCCUACUCUGCUUCAGUGAAGAAUCCCCAAGUAUGACAGCUGUAAGCUGCCAAAAGACAAGCUGUAAAGGAAAUAUAGGAUGCAAUAUAAAUGAUGAAGAUAAGAAAGAUAGCCAUUGUACUCGAGUAUUAUUUUGCAGAUAACUCCCCCCCCAACCCUCCCUGCCCCCUCCCCCCACACAACCAAUUUCAAUAGGCAAAAGAAAAAGAGCAUUCCCUCAGCUGAAAAAAGAGAUGGUGGUAGUUACCUGAAGGAGGGCAGAGUAAAAGGCAAUAGAAAAAAUUUUUGGAGCACAAUAAACAAGAGAGAUGAAGAAACAGGAAAAGAUAAUGAGAUUUGGGGCAAAAAAUGUAACUAAUGCAGGGGACAAAGGCGUAUUUGGAGCUAAUGUGGAUGGUUUAGGAGGGGGGCCGGGGGACAGGGUAGAUGAAGGAUUAGGACUGGGAUAAAAGAUACAAAAGGACGGAGGGCAACAACAAUGACGGACAGGGAAUAGAGGAAAGUGAAUUACAGGGAUUAGCAGAGAUUGAGACCAGGAGGGUUGUGCAACUAAAAGAUACACUGGUAUAAAAGUUUCCUGAACACUUCAGAGAAGAUGCAGUUCAUUGGAGGCAAGAGGAUGCCUAUAGUAUUAGAGAUGAAGCAGGUGUAGAAAUAAGUCAUUGUUCAGAAGAGCAGCUGGGUGGUCCAGCUUUCCACAUUCUUCUGAGCAGCAACAGGGUAGCCAUUUUACAAAGAAAGUAGUACAGCAACAACAUUGCAGUUGCUGUGUAAAAGAACUGCUUCCACUAGUGGGAUGCUUUAUUGAGAUACGCAAGUGACAGGACUGGAAUAGAGAACAAUGGACAGUUGCAUGGAUAAUCCUUAAAAGUGUUUCUUUCACAGAUGAGAUGUAUGGGAGAAGGUGUUUGGAGUAGGAGUCUCAUCAGAACACGCUAGGAUAUUCUGUUGGCUGGGGAGAGUAUGUGGGCAACGAUGUGGGACAGAUAUGUUUAAUGUUAGAAAAAGACAAAAGGUAAUUAUGCUGAGAUGCAUAUCAUGUUGCAGGUGCUUUUCCUCUGCGAUACUAUUUAAAUGGUGGGAGGGGGGGGGGGGGGGAGAUGCGGCAGCCAACAGUAUGUCCAAACCUCAGUGGUUCUUACUCAUGGUAAGCCAUUCUUUCAUCAUAUCAUUGAGAAUGUAUAGUAAAUAAAUGCAUCAAUAUUUUAGUCACUUUACUUGGCACAUGCCAAGGUUAACAGAUAACACUGUGAGACUACAUCAUACUGGCCUUACUGGGUUCCAUCAAUUCGACUUACCCUGUGGAUAAGUCAGAGUUGAGACCCUGCACACCCAUUACUCCCACCACUUGCCCCACCCCUCAGGCCCCCCUCCCCCCACUGCCGUGAACCAUGUAAUAGUGAUGUAAAUUACUAUUACUUUCAUUGCAAGAUCAGCUAAAUGUGCCUCAUGAUCUUGUUGAAGGAGGUCAAGGGGGAAAAAGCUGCACCAAUUAAAGCUAAUUCGUGCAUCAUCGUUUAGGGGGCAGAUUAUGAUAAACUAAGUUAUUUUUAUGAACUCUUUGUAUAAUAAGUGAAAUUUCUAAUUUGAAGUUGUGCAGGGUCUGCUAAUUCAAAGUUCUGUUGAUCUUGAGUGAUGAUACAAAACAAGAAGGUUCCCACAUUCAACUCAUCUUGAAAAUGGUUGAUGAAAAUGUAUUGUUGACCUUUUUCUAAAAUUUAUGAACGUCCAUAGCCAAUAAACAAUGAAUGUCACUAAAAUAAUUUAUAUCUUAGUUCUUCUGGUCCAAUACUGUUUUGCAGUUUAUUGAAAAACAGAUGAUAUAAUAAUAUGAUGAAACAUAAGUAAGCUAAUUGAGAUAGAUUUUAAAGCAAGUGCACUUACAAUGCUCCUCCCAUACUGUCCAUAGAUGCAUUAUUCUCACAGUAAAAUAUUAUCAAGAAGCUUUGCAGUUCUAAUGGAAAAAAAUAUAUUUGGGAGCAGUAUCAUAUUUUCAAAACAUUUGGAUCAGUUUUAUUAUUUUUAGAUAUCUUUAUGAAGAAAACAUACUCUGUAAUUCCCCAUUUAACAUGAUAUUCUUGGCUACAUAAAUUAAACACUUUGAUAACUCAUUAAAGGUAGAAAUUUUGUGUACUGUGGAAACAUGUUUCUUUGAGUAUUUAUGAUUUGUUUCUCAUAUGUCUAGCAUCAGACUUAACCUAUUUAUUUGACUUGCACACAAAGUAAUGAGAAUGUAAGUCACUUCAUAAUACACUUAACACUGGAUUACUGCACUCGCAAGAGUAGAGUUAAAGAGUGUUAUACUUUGAAUGUGUAAUUAUAACAUUCCCGAGCUAGUUCCUGAAGCUGGACUAAUGAUAAAACUAAAGACUGCUAAUGUAUAUGACCACAGAAGCAAAAUAAAACAAUAUACAUAACUUUUGUGUGUUUUAGAGUUGUUAAUUAUAUAAAUAUAUAAAGAUAGAGAAGAAAUACUGUAUUUUUGUUCUAUUGUAAAUGUUGACAAUGUAGUAAAAUGAAUUAUGCUUGUUUUA